UCAUUAAAACUUCUGGCAACACUCUGGCACCGUCAAAUUAAUGUGCGACAACUGUCAAUAUUAUUAUUAUAAAAAUUGCAUUAAGUAUUUCUAAUUUGAGUCCAUGGAUUCCAAUUUGCGUAAUUUAAAAGAUUUUCUUGUAUUAUACAACAAAGUCACCGAGCUGUGCUUCAAUCGUUGUGUGGAUAAUCUGAAUCAACGGGAAUUGGGCAGCCAGGAGGACACCUGCGUAGACCGCUGUGUAACGAAAUUCGCCCGCUUCAAUGAAAAUAUGAUGAAGGUUUAUGUCGAUGUACAGACAACAAUUAAUGCCAAACGCGUUAAGGAGAUGGAAGAGCAGGCAGCGAUAUUGGAGAAACAGCAGCAGGAAGAGCGCAAAAGACAAAGUGAAACUGCCAUUCUGACACCAGUGUCUCCCAGUCCGAAUCCAGGAAGCGGCAACCUGGCUAUGUAGCAUCGAUUAUUAAUCAUCUCACUGCUAGAUAGUUAACAAUGACACGCACACACAGACACAUCCACAAAACACACAUCUAAACACUUCCAUAAGAAACAACAACAAAAAACCCGGUCUAGUUUCUGUCAAUGCCAUUUACUAGGAGCGAGCAAAAAAUAGAUUGAAAGAUUUGUACCUUUUUAUGAGCUAUGAUGGUCUAUCACACAACCAUCCACAGUAUCCGAUCAUGAUACGUUUUUGGAAGAACUCAUCAAAGCCCAUUCAGUCUUAUGUCAUAAAACAACGAUUCCAACUGCAUCUUGUUGUUCUAAGCAGUCAGAAUGGUAAAGAUUCCCUCAAAGUCUGCUAUAAUUAUUCCUAUCAUACCAACUGCAAGAAUCUUGUGGCCAAUUAAAGUGCAUUUUUAGUACAAUUUAGGUCAAUAGCCGAGAGAAUAAUGCAAGGAGAUAAUCAUAGCUCGGUGAUUUAGAUUUUCAGCUUUCUUUGGAAUCCCAUAUGGAUAUACCUCAUUUGAUAACUAAAACUAAAUCGAAAAUAGGCAGCAAAUUCAAUGGACGCAAAGAAAUCUUAGGAGAAUUUAAACUUCUUACUGACGUCUUGACUUAUGUUGAUUUGUUAAAUUAGUCUUUAAGUUAAAGAAAAUAACAAUAACCUUGUUUUUCUUGCAA